AUGGCUGGUCCUCUUCAUACCUACGGACCGACCUGUCUUCUGGCUGACGACGACCCUGACCCUUCCACUUGGUAUUGUCUAUCUGAACCGCCGAAAGUUCGAGCGCAGUUUUUCUACACCUCUUCUUUACCGAUCGAUGAUCCCUUGAGCGCACUGCCUCCGCCGUCCAGCGGUCAAAAUGCGAUCAACGAACGGGCUCCACCGCAGCCAUUUUCUGUCAAGGACAACAUAGCGCUCGAGGAAGCGUGGCGGAAUCUUGGACAAACAAGGGAGGAGAGGGCGGCCGGGUCAAAGAAGCCUCCGAGUAUCGUGAGAAACACAGGGAUAGCUGUACCUGGGAAGGAAUCGGUCAGUGAAACGGAGCGGAGUAGGCAUACAGGCAGCCGUGGAGAUGGAAGCCUGACUGGGAUUGAUGAAAGUCCGUCUAAUAACCAUGCUCCGUCUACCAAUGAGCAGCCAUUUCGCAGUAUCAGAGGAGAAUCCCAUGAUGAAGUCGGCGGUGCAGGUGGCGGCGUGUCAUGGGGAAGAUCGCAAGGCUCUGCACAGGACAACGGGUUGGACAAUCACAAUCAACCUUUGAACCUGACACAGAGGAAAAGGGAACUGUCCUUAAGUAGUCAACUCAAUGCUGCAAAACGCGUUGCAGGUGCACCCUCAACGAGCGAAAAUCCAUCAAUGGGAGGAUUCGAGGGUGGAAGUCUACGGGGCAAAUCAUCUCGCGAUGCGAGCAUCAGCGGCUCCCCGUUUGCUAGAGCUCCUAUUGCUCAGUCACAAAGCCCGCUGGGUCGCUCAGUUGAAUCUGUCUCCUCAAAGGGUGGAAGCUCAGAUCUCCAAGCUGAACCCCAUCACACUGCGACGAAGCCGUCAGACCUGAGAGCCAGUGUUGAACAAGAGAACUCGUCUGGAGGACCUAUAACGGAGGCUGGAGCAGCUGAUCAAGAUGAUACUUCUCAGUUGAAGAUUCCCGUCGGUGUUUCCCGGCUUCAUUUGGUGGAGCUGCCGAAUCUGAAGGUGAUGAAACCCAUAUACUGGAGUCCUCUUCAUGAUGAGUCGAAUGUUCUGCGUGCUACUUGGUUUUACAAGAACACCAUGCUUCCAGUGGAAACGGAGCUCGCCAACAAGCUUGAGGAUGGGUACAUUUAUCUGAAACCCUGGACAGAUACAUGGCAGGAUGAACUCAACAGCUGUGUUGAGAAUGGAGCUGACGCGGAAAUGAAAAUCGUGCACAAACUGUGGUCGAAACCCGAUACGAAAUCCUACAGCACACCUACUACUUCACGCCCCGGAUCUAGCGCUCUGGUAGGAAGUGCAGGACCGGAUUCUGACUCGCUAACGUUCGACGAAAAUCGAGCUGCUGGUGGGACGACUGCACAUACUGAAGCCGUCAAGCCGUUUUUGAAUUCCAGUGUCAUAUAUGUCGAUGGUCAGAAGCUAUCGGAGCGUAUGGAAAGCUUCCAUUUUACGCAUGCAAUCAAUGCCUUCCGCAGGAAUAUCAACGUGGAGCUGAACAACGAGCCGGUGUGGCACCAUGUACGCCCGGACCAUGGUGGGAUCAUGGUCCUCCCUGUCAAUUGGCGAUCGACGCUAUCCCUAGCGGAUGGCAACCUCGAGUCUGAGGUUUCUGAUGAUCCAACUGCUAAUCACUUCGCGCUGAAGGACAUCACACCAGAGACAAUUCCGGCUGUCAGGUCAUUGAUCAGUGAUGUCAUGCUCGACAUUCCCUACUACUUGUCUCAUCACAAGCCUAAGAUGAUUCAAGCAGUUGUCAAAGAAGCGAAUCGAAUAUUUCGAUUGUGGUGCAAGAACAACCCGGGGUUCCAGCAGCACGGUCGGGUGCACUUGAUUGCACACUCUCUAGGAAGCGCUAUGGCUAUAGAUAUUCUCAGUCAUCAGCCGACCAAGCUACCAGACAUUGAUUUCGCAACAACGAGCCUUCACAGUGAUAUUUUCGAGUUUGACACAAAGAAUCUUUUCCUUUGUGGCAGUCCCGUCGGUUUUUUCCUGCUCUUGAAUAGAGCGAACCUCUUGCCACGGCGAGGCAGAGAUAAGCCCGGCUACGAAGGCGAAGAUCGACUUCGUGGUGUUGCAGGCGAGCCAGACACGUAUGGUUGCUUGGCCGUUGACAAUCUCUACAACAUCAUGCAUACUACAGACCCAAUCGCAUAUGGUGUCAAUGCCGCAGUGGACGUUGACCUUGCCAAUUCUCUAAAGGUCGCAUCAAUCCCAGGCUCUUCGGCCUCCUUCUGGCAAUCUUUUGGCAGUGUCUUUCGCUGGAGCACGUCUACUACUUCCGCGCCCGCUCGUCCUGCCGUCAUUGCCAAGCUCCCUUCCAAUGUGGAAAUGGAGACACAUGAUUUCACACGCGAGGAGAUUGCAGAAAAACGCAUGUUACUCCUUAACGAUAAUGGUCAAAUAGAUUAUUUUCUUUCGGGGGGUGGCGGACCACUGAACAUUCAGUAUCUUAACAUGCUGAGUGCGCAUAGCAGUUACUGGAUUUUGUCAGAUUUUGUUCGCUUUAUCGUCAUAGAGAUAGCCCGCGAGCAGGGGAGGGAAUCGACCUUGCCUGCAUUCAGGGCUGAGAAGAAGAAGGGAUGGAAGGUACAUAAAGGUUGA